AAUUCCGACCAUUUCCAAAGUUUGGCCAACGUUUUUCAAGAAAUGUCGAGCCCGUUGUGGAGAUUAGCUGUAUCAAGCAGCGGGUCUCAAACGAGAUCCCUUCGGCUUCCAUCCUCUGCUCUGUGCUUAUCUUCUCCUUCCACACAUUUCCAUACCAGCACUACCGUUCAUACCCGAAUUCCAGCCCUCCAAGUACGAAUCUCGAAAAAGUCUUGGGAAAAGAACCAGAAGAAAAUAGCAAAUCUACAGCAACGGUUGGGAGAUAAAUAUGCAGAAAUUGGGCGUGACAAGCGGCGCUCACCUACCACAACCACCCGCUCUUCAACCGCCGUGUCCCAAGCCCAGCCUACUCCUCCACCUGAAUCGAAGCUGCUUCCCUUCCUUGCAACACCUGAAAAGCCUCACCCGGAGCCCAUCGUAUCCGGUAGUCUUAAGGACACUUUAGCUACCGCGGAGGAACGGAGUCAAAGAGCUGCGGAGGAGGCACGAGAGCAGGGCGCGGAUGGAGUCAGCGAACAGGAGAGGGCAGGUAGUAUUCGUAUGCCUAGCCUUCGAACAACCGGUCAAGAAGAUGUGAAGAAGGAAAUGAAACUCCCUGCGAAUGUCGCGGAUAUCAUUCCGGAGAGGACACCCAUCGCUCUUCGUGGCGUUGCACAACCCGAAGGUGUAGAGGAGAUCCCACUGCCUGCGGCCUCAGGACCAUAUUACGCUCAUGGUCUCACUCCCUCAGAAGCUGAAUUGCUGUUUGUGGAUGCCCCACGUCUUGCCAAAACGUCGCUCAAGGGGCAGCUCUCGGCUGAUAUGGCAGAGCCAAAGGCUGAAAUGCUUCGGAGGAUCCUGAGUCUGGAAAACGCGAAUCGAAGUCAGAUUACAAAAUUCAAUACGGAGCGAUGCGUUCAGUUGUUUGGCAGAAUGCCGCAUGAUACCGGAAGCCCAGAAGUGCAGGCUGCGAUUUUUACAGUCCGCAUUCAAGCAAUGACAGACCAUUUGAAGAGUCAUCGAAAAGAUGUCUCUACCAAGCGACAACUGGAGAAAUGGGUGUCAAAGCGGAUGAAGAUUUUGAAGUACCUCAGGAGAACGGAUUUGCCAAAGUUUGUGGAAACUUGCAAAGCUAUUGGAGUUGUGCCUGACACCAUACGUGUAUAAAUCGGUGUAUGGAAAUCUGGACUCUACACGUACAUAUCCAGCAAUAGCAGCUUCGCUGUAUCACUAGUAACUCUGUCGCUACUAUCUAUCGUUGCUAUGCUAGCUAGGUGGAAUCUUUAUAUACUUAGAGCGACCCAACGUCACAUGGGCAGGCUAGUUGUUUGCAAAGUCACAGCAGCGUGCCUAAAUCAAUAAAUUAUACCGACUCUCAGUUCUCCUUCAAAAGCA